UCUCCCUAGACGAAUUUACAGAGAAGCCUCAGACUCGAGCCUCCGUUGCCUCCACCCUCGCUCCGCCGUCGCCUCCACCUUCGCGCCGCCGUUGCUGGUGGAAGGCAGCCCAAAAUUCACCCUAAGCUAGCGACCUUCAUCACCUAGGUUUCAAGGUGGUCGUUCGGGCUACGUUCUAGGGCGCAAAUUCGACGGAGGAAGGGGACUCUCUUUUUGGCGAGGGGAGUUUCUGGACCCGGAGCUUUGGAAGAAUGUGGUGAUGCUCAGUUGUGAUUCAACUGUGGAUGGCGGCGUCUGUUAUGUUUAUUUGGUUGGAACAUCUCAUCUUUCGAAGGAAUCUUGCCAAGAAGUUGAAGCUGUGAUUGAUUUCUUGAAACCAGAGGUUGUUUUCCUGGAGUUAUGCCCUGCUCGUACAUCUCUUUUUAAGGUUCCAACAAUUGGAGAAAUGGUGCAGAUUUGGAAGAGAAACAGGAAACUUUUUGCCAUUAUUUACAACUUUUUUGCUCUUAAGCUUGCUAUGAAACUGGAAGUUCAACCUGGGGAUGAGUUUCACGUGGCGUAUGAAGAAGCAAAAAAGUAUGGCGAUAAGGUUGUCCUUGGUGAUCGACCUGUUCAGUACACAUUACAUAGAACAUGGAUGAAGAUGUCUCUUAGGCACAAGAUAAAAUUGCUUUCCACCUUUAUGUUUCAAUCAUUUUUCUCUCCAAGUUCUGAAGUGAUCAAUAAGAAGCUAAAGAAAAUGGAUGAUGGUCACAUGCCAACUAUUCAAGAAGUAAGCAAGGAGUUUCCAACUAUUAUGGAAACUAUUAUCCACGAGCGCGACAAAUAUAUGUCAACCAAUUGACUUAGAGUUGCUCGUGAGCAAAAUUCAGUGGUAGCAGUAGUCGGGAAAGGCCACCUACAUGGAAUUGAGGAGAACUGGGAACAGGAUAUUGAAGUGAGCGCAGGAAAGCACGUGGUAUUAGCUUGUUCAUAGUGCAGAGCUUAUUUAGAUAUGUUUAAGAAGUUUUUUUUUGUCUGAAUCUACUCCCAACACCAGAUUAUUUGUUUACCCCUUUCAAACACUUGAGCUGCAAUUGGGCAAUUAAAAGCUUGAUAUUCAAGUUGGUGAAAGUCAGUGGUGAUGAUUAAUUGAUUAUCACAGCAUUUAGCAUGCAACGGACUGCGACGUUCUUGGCUGUGGAUGGCAUUGCACUGCUCCAAACAAUCAUAAGUGCAAACAGAUUUUUGAACUUCAGUUUUCUUAUUGCCGAGGCAUCUAAUUUAAGCAAAGAGAGGAAUUCAUUAUUACUUGUCUCUUUGAAAUUUCCCGAUCUUCAUAUAGAGAAUGAAGUGCAACAAAUAUGAGGCCAUAUGGGCAAGGUCAAUUGGUCAGCGCAAGAUGGAAGAGAAUGAGUUUGAAGCUGCUCCAAAGUUUGUUUCAAAAGCACAAAACCUUUACCCGGGACUUGACAUUACUAGCCAAUUGCUAAGCAUCUGUAAGAUUGUUAUAUCUAGCAUCUGGUUUUAUUGUUGUAGGAGAUGUCUAUUUGGGUUUAAGGUAGUUGUAUGGUUGAACGUUAUUUGUAGGGCUUGAUUGGUGGUUACUUGGUUGCUAUUGGAGAGCUGUGUUCAUUUU